ACCGCACCUUAUUUUCGGCCGAGUCAAGAACAGAGGGUCUAAUUAAACAUCUUUAUAUAGUGACUCUACAAGUCUUCCACCUCACCGUUUUGUCAAAAUCUCUUUAAGUUUGCUCACCCCUACUCUUCCUUCCCUGUCGCUAUCUCCAUCUCCCCCAAAGAUAAUUAUGGCUACUGAAGAGGUGUUGGUUGAUGAAAUCCCUUAUCCUUCCAAGAUCACUACUACUAAGCCUCUCUCUCUUCUGGGUCAUGGAAUCACCGACAUGGAGAUCCACUUUCUCCAAGUUAAAUUCUAUUCAAUCGGAGUUUAUUUGGAUCCUGAAGUAAUAAGCCACUUGCAGCAGUGGAAAGGUAUACCUGCAAAGGAACUGGAAGAGAAAGAUGACUUCUUUGAUGCUCUCAUUUCUGCUCCGGUGGAGAAGGUUAUUAGACUUGUGGUGAUAAAAGAGAUAAAGGGUGCACAAUAUGGAGUUCAGAUUGAGACUGCUGUGAGGGAUAGGUUGGCUGCUGAUGACAAAUAUGAGGAGGAAGAAGAAGAGGCUUUGGAAAAAGUUGUUGAAUUUUUCCAGUCUAAAUACUUCAAGAAACAUUCAGUGAUCACAUAUCAUUUCCCAGCAAAUUCUGCAACUGCUGAGAUUGUGGUAUCUUUGGAGGGGAAAGAAGACUCAAAGUUUGUAGUAGAAAAUGCCAAUGUGGUAGACACCAUCAAGAAAUGGUACCUUGGUGGGUCAAGCGCAGUGUCUACCAAAACCAUUUCAUCUUUGGCUAGCACUCUUUCAGAGGAGUUGUCCAAGUGAAGAGAACUUUGUUGUGUAAUAUUGGGUAUCUGUGUUGCAAUCAUGUAGUAAUUGGAACUUUCUUCACUCAAUAUUUCCGGAUUUCUGUUGUUGAACUUAUCGGAAUAAAUGUUAGCACUAACAUAAAUCAACCCGUAUGAUAUAAUUCUGAGUUUUAUUUUGUU